AUGCUCUGGUUCUGCACUAUCCUACUUGGAACAGUGGCCGCACUCGAAAAUGGCUUGGCAAGAACCCCUCCGAUGGGAUGGAUGUCAUGGACGGCGUUCUACUGCGAGAUGAACUGUGUCAAGCAUCCAAGAGCUUGUAUCAACGAAAAUCUCUACAUGGAGAUGGCAGACGCCCUUGUGAUGGGAGGUUAUCGGGAGGCCGGGUACGUGAGUGUGCACGUGGACGACUGCUGGAUGGGUCGUGAACGAGAUCGAACCACUGGGAAGCUUGUCGCUGACCCGUACCGAUUUCCCAGUGGAAUGCACAAUUUGGCUAGAUACAUGCAUGCAAGAGGCUUGAAAUUUGGUAUUUACGAAGACUUCGGGACCAAAACAUGCGCUGGAUUCCCUGGAAGUUUGGGUCAUUUGCAGGUGGAUGCGAAUACGUUUGCCGAGUGGGAAGUGGACUACUUAAAACUCGAUGGGUGCAAUGUGGACACGUCUCUGAUGCCUGAAGGUGGCUUUUGA